CUCCGGUCCGCGACCCGGCCGGAACCCUAGCCUUCCCCCCCGCGCCGCCGCCAGACCAACCCGCCGCUUCUCCUUCCACCUCCUCUCGCGCCGCCGUCCGUAUCUCCUGCGCUCGCUGAGCUAUUAUGGGCAAGUCAAGCAAGAAAUCCGGUGUUGAGGUUGCUGCUGCUGUCUCGGUCCCAGAGGGCAAGUCUGCAAAGAAGGGGAAGAGAAAUGCGGAAGUUGAGAUUGAGAAGGCAGUCAGUGCGAAGAAGCAAAAGACUGUACCUGUAAAGGUUGAGCCAGUGAAGAAGCAGCCCCCUCCCAAAAAAGUUGAGAGCAGUAGCUCUGAGGAAGAUUCUUCAGAUUCUGAAGAGGAGGUUAAGGUCCAGCCAAAGAAGGCUACUCAACCAAAGAAAGGCACGCAACCUGCUAAAGAGGAGACCAGUGAUGAUAGCAGCGAUGAGAGCUCCUCAGAUGAUGAACCUUCCAAAAAACAAGUUUCUUCAAAUGAACCUUCAGCUGCUGCUGCUGGCAGCAGCAGCAGUGAUGAGAGCAGUGAUAGUGAUGAUGAUAGCAGUUCUGAUGACGAACCUGCAAAGAAGCCCACUACCCUUACAAAGAAGCCUGCUGCAGUGGUUAGUAAUGGUUCCAAAAAGGUUAAGUCUGACAGCAGCAGCUCUGACAGUAGCUCGGACGAUGAAUCUGAUGAGGAUGAAAAGCCUGCUGCUCAGCUAAAGAAGCCUUCAGUUGCCUCUGCGCAAACGAAGACCCAAGAGUCUGAUAGCUCUGACAGUGAUUCUGAUGAUGAAUCAGAUGAGGAUGUGCCUGUUAAAGCUCCAGUAGCAGCCAAGAAAAAGGAAGAGUCGAGUGACAGUUCUGGUUCUGAGUCUGAGGAUGAGGAUAACAAUGCUAAAACAGUAAAGCCUGCCAAGGCUGCUGCUCCUAAGAAGAAAGAGGAAUCUAGUGAUAGCUCAGAAUCUGAGUCAGAUUCGGAUUCUGAUGAACCUGAAAAACCUACUGUUGCUGCAAAAAGGCCUCUAGCAACAGAUAAGAAGAACAAACAAUCCAGUGACGAAUCUGAGGAUAGUUCCGAUGAGAGUUCUGAUGAAAGUGACGAGGAGCCUCCUCAAAAGAAGCCAAAGCCUGCCACUAAGGUUUCAAAGAAAGAAAGCAGCAGUGAUGAAGAAGAAGAUAGUGAAGAGGAAAGUGACAAGCAGGCUAAAACUCCCAAGACAAAAUUGGCACAGAAUGAAGACAAAACUCCUGCCAAAAACCAAAGUCAGUCUGCUGGAUCAAAGACGAUUUUUGUUGGCAAUUUAUCCUAUAGUGUAGAUCGUGAGCAAGUUAAGCAAUUUUUUGAGGAGGCUGGUGAGGUUGUAGAUGUUCGUUUGUCUACUUUUGAGGAUGGGAGCAUGAAGGGCUAUGGUCAUGUUGAAUUCGCUACAGCUGAAGCUGCUCAGAAGGCACUUGAAUUUGCUAAUCAUGACCUGAUGGGACGGCCUGUGAGGGUCGACAUUGCUGUUGAGAGGGGCGCGUACACUCCUGGCAGCGGGAGGGACAACAGUUCUUUCAAGAAAUCUGCUCCAAGGUCAGGCAACACUGUAUUUAUUAAAGGCUUUGACACAUCUAGUGGAGAGGACCAGAUCCGAAGCGCUCUUGAAGAACAUUUUGGCUCAUGCGGAGAGAUUGUUCGGAUUUCAAUUCCAAAGGAUUAUGAAACUGGUGCAUCCAAAGGGAUGGCAUACAUGGACUUCAAGGACCCCGAUUCCUUGAAUAAAGCAUAUGAGCUGAACGGAAGUGACCUCGGUGGCUACAGCUUGUAUGUUGAUGAGGCGAAGCCUAGGCCUGAUAACAACAGAGAUGGUGGCUUCAGUGGUGGCAGGCGUGGAAGUUUCAGUGGAAGAGGAGGGAGAAGUGACAGGGGCCGAGGUGGUGGCCGUGGACGCGACGGAGGACGUGGACGUGGGUUUGGAGGAAGGGGUGGAAGGGGUGACAGAGGCCGUGGAGGCCGGGGCACACCCUACAGGCAGAGCGCUGGUACAGUUAGUACAGGAAAGAAGAUGACAUUCGGUGAUGACGAGUGAAGCUUUGGGAAGCGACUAUAGUGAAUUGCCAACACCUUCUAUCUUGUACCCCCGAAACUUCUGUUAUAUGCUCUCGCAUUUUGUGCCGUUCUGCUUGCUUUGCAAUUUUGACAUUUUUUGAGCCUCUUUUCGCACAUUAGUUAUGGAAGUAUCUCGUGGACCUGAUUUGUCACGGUACUUGUUUAAUGCAUUUUUAUGGUACGAGUCCAGUCUGUUCUUUUUA